CUCCCCCUCCUGUCGGCCUUCACAGGCGGCUGAAGGUGACUCCAUCUCGGCUGGGAUGCAGAAGCGGCUGCUGGGGCUCCCAUCGGCCGGACACCAGCUCCUGUUUCCCCGGGAAACCAGCGCUCACAGCCGGGGAAGGGAGGUCCUCCGAGCCGGGCUCUCAUCCGCCUGAGCUGACUCAUUUUGUUGGCUCUUUUUGGGGUCUUUUUAUUUCGGGGUGCCUCUCUCUGGGUGGGCUCCGGCGGAGGGGGUGCAUGCAUGUGUUCCGCACCGUACGGGCGGAAAAAGCGCCCAAGAUCCGCAGGGAGCGUCUUCCCCAUCAGCAAGGGGGCGCAGGCGGAUCCGGAGCGGCGGGAGAGCACGGAGGCGGCGGUGGACGACAGCAGGAUGACGGUCCAGGAGUUCAACACGCUGGUGGCUCUGUACCGGGAGCAGGUCAUUUCUGUCGGGGAGAUCUCGGUGGACUGUCCGUCUCUGCGGGCUCAGAUGCAGCAGACCCGGUCCAAAGGAUGCUCCAUGGCCCGGGCCGCGCACCAGGACCUGGCCAUCAUCUCCGGAUCUGGGCCGGAGGACGGACAGAUCCAUCCUGAAAUCUGCCGGCUCUUCAUCCAGCUGCAGUGCUGCCUGGAGAUGUUCAUAACCGAGAUGCUCAAGUCCAUGUGCCUGCUGGGGGUUCUGCAGCUGCACAGGAGAGCAGGAACCGACUCGGAGCCCAGAGUCGACUUCCGGAUGGACGAGAGCUCGGACGUUCCCAUCCUGGAGGACCGCUCGUCAUCUCCCAUCGAUUACCCUCAGGAGACGUGGCUGGUGGGGACGGACAUCGACAACAUAGAGAGCAUGAUGCUGCCGCUGCCGCUGCUGCUCCUCGGCUUCAUAUCCGGCAGCCUGGCCUGUCACUGUGACCGGUACCCCUGGACCGCCUGGUCCGCCUGCACCAGAACCUGCAACUACGGCACUCAGACCAGAAACAGGAACGUUCAGUAUGAUGAUUAUUACUGGAAGAACAGCUGCCCCCAGAUGUGCGCCAGAAGUGACACCAGAGGUUGUAACCAGCAGGCUUGUCCGAUCAACUGCGUCCUGUCCGAGUUCAGCCAGUGGUCCGACUGCUCGCCCUGCGCCCGGAAGCAGUUUCGGACCCGGUCUGUGGUGAGACCUUCCCAGUUCGGUGGCUCUGAAUGCAGAGAGGAGCUGACAGAGGAAAGGCCCUGCUAUCCCUCCAAAGAGUGCCAGUUACCGCCGGUGGACUGCAGGGGCGACUUCAAGUGUGGCAACGGCCGCUGCAUCAACUCAACGCUGACAUGCAACAAACAGAACGACUGUGGAGAUAACUCAGAUGAGAGGGACUGCGGAGCCUUUUCAGUCGUCUGUCCUCCUGAGAGGAGACCUGCCCCGGGGGUUGAUCUGGUUGGAAAUGGUUUUGAUUUUCUGGCGGAGGAGCCGAGGGGAGGAGUGCUGGACAACAUGUUCAUGGGAGGAAGCUGCAUCAUCAGGCGACCGCAAAGCACUUUACUCUACCAUCGAAUGCCGUACAACUUUAAGACCUUUGACAUUAAGGUUGGGGUGUUGGAAGACUUCAGCACCGACCCGCAGCCGGUGAUUUCUGAGCCGGUCGUGAUAAAGAGAUCGGAACAGAGAGGACAAAACACGCGAGAUCAAGACAACCUUCACAUUUUGUUCUUUUAUGGACGCAGUUCUUCCAGCUCCAGUCUGACCUCGAGUAAGGCAGCCUUUGAGGCUUCAAAGAAAAAGGACUCCAAGUUCUUCCGAGUUCAUCAACUUCUACCGAUUUCGAACUUUACAGUGAAGGAUCCACAGGAUCUUGUGCUUUCGCUGCCAUUCCUUCAGUUCCUUCACGCUCUGCCACUCGAUUACAACUACGCCCUCUACAGGGAAAUCUUCCAGCGCUUUGGCACGCACUACUACAGCUCUGGAAAACUGGGAGGCCACUACGAUCUGCUCUACCAGUACAGCCGGGAGGAGAUAAGAAGCUCAGGUGAAACAGAAGAGACCUUCAAUGGCUGCCUGCACCGAGAUAUCUCCUGGACUAUAAUCCUCUACUCUGAAUCCAGCAGCGUACACAGAUGCACCAACAACCGCAUGACUGAGAAAUACCAAGGCUCGUUCAUCCAGGCCUCUGAGAAGUCCUUCUCCAGGGUGAAAGGCGGUGGAGCCAGGGAAGCUGGAGCUCUGGCCUGGGAAAGACAAGGCGCUGCGCCGGACAAGACAUCCUACAAGAACUGGGCCAAGUCUGUGAUUGACAACCCUGCUUUGGUGGACUACCAGUUGCGUCCAAUCAUAGAUCUGGUUCGGGGAAUUCCCUGUGCUGUCACAAAGAGGAGACAACUGAGGAAGGCUCUGCUCCAAUACCUGGAGGAGUUUGAUACCUGUAAGUGCGCCCCGUGUCCCAAUAACGCCAAGCCGGUUCUCUCUGGGACCGAGUGCAAGUGUGUUUGCCAGACAGGAACUUUCGGCACCAACUGUGAGAUACGAGCGCCUGACUACACUUCAGAGGCAGUGGAUGGUUACUGGAGCUGCUGGGGGCCGUGGAGCAGCUGCAGCGGCUCCAUGAGGAGACAACGAACAAGGAAGUGUGACAACCCUGCUCCCCUCAGAGACGGCCAACCCUGCGACGGUCCAAACAAGCAAGAGGAACCGUGUCCCCUCUCCCUGUUUGAAAAAAAAGAGUCGUGUGACAACGAUGAUGAGUUCACUGUGGGAUGGAGGGAUGAGCUGCCGCCGGGGGUGGAGGGCUGUUUGAGGCCGCAGAGACCGAACCACAGCUUCCUCAGGAAAUCGAAACAGUAUUACAGCUUUGGUGAGGAUGAGGAGUUCCAGUGCUUCACUGGAUUUGAACUGGAAGGUUUCCAGUUCAUUAACUGUCAACCAGAUGGGACCUGGAGUCAACCAAGAGGAAGAUGCAUCAAGAGGCUUUGCGUUGCUCCAGAGGCCCCAGAGAACAUGGUGCUGUAUCCCUCCAGAGAGACGUACAGAGUGGGCCAAUCGGUCGGUUUCAACUGCAAUGAGGCGGGUUUGAUGCCGAUGCCAAGAGGCCUCUACAGGUGCAGCAGCAAACUGACCUGGGAGCCUCCGCUGCCUGCAGACCUCCACUGCACAGAUGUGCAGCCAUUUGUUCCUGAUGGUCAGUGUGGUCCAGGACAGAAGCGGCAGAGAUCCGGCUGUGUCUGCAUUGAACGGGAAAGUUGUCUUUCACAGUCGGCGAGUCUCUGCGUCCUCAACGUAAACCUGGGUGUCGCCGUGUCGAUGUCGCUCUGCUCCUUCCACGCCGGCCGUUGCCACGGCGACCCACUCUUCUACAUCAGCGAAGGCGUGUGCGACUCGGUCGAGCCAGCCAAACUGGAGCGGGCCAAGUUCAGAGCCAAGAUGUCGCCCAGGAGUUCGUUGCACGUGCCGUGCGACUUGGACACCUGCUACGACUGGGAGACCUGCUCCGCCUCUAAGAAGUGCCAGUGCAAAGCUCCUCUUGACUGCCCCAAAACCUCGGACCAGAUGUUCUGCGUGAAGCUGAAGCCGAUGCAGAUGAUCCGAAGCAUCAGUCUUUGCGCUUUGGGGGCUAUCAGCUGCAGCGGCUUUGAGUAUGAAAUGCUCAACGAGGGCGUUUGUCAGAGCAGAUGAUGGGUCCACGUGAACCUCCCUGCAGCUACAGAUGAUGAUUAAAGAUGAAUGAAAGCUUUUUGAAGCUAGCUAAGCUUGGUUGGUUGUCCUGACUGUUUUCUAUUUUGUGGGUAUAAUCAAUGGAUGGCAUUUAAUGCUCUGUUUUACUUUGUAAUGCAAUAAAACUUUAUAUUUAAAACAA